AUGUACGGGCUGGCGCGGGCCCUGCGGCGGGCGGUGGACCUCGGGCGGCUGGCAGCGGCCCGGCGAGGGGGCGGCGGCGCCGGGGGACGGCCCUGGGGUUGGGGGCUGGCGCUGGGGCUGGCGCUGGGGGUGAAGGUGCCGGCGGGCUGCGAGGCUGGCGGCGGGCAGGAGGAGGAGGCGACUCCGGCGUCGUCCCCUCCGGGCUUCGGCGCGGCUAUCGAGAGGAGCCGGGACCUGCUGCAGAGGAUCAAGGACGAGGCAGGAAUCCCAGGUAUACUAGUUGGAGUCUCAGUAGAUGGAAAGGAAGUCUGGUCAGAAGGUUUGGGUUAUGCAGAUGUAGAGAAUCGUGUUUUAUGUAAGCCAGAGACGAUCAUGCGAAUUGCUAGUAUUAGCAAGUGUCUUACCAUGAUGGCCAUUGCUAAAUUGUGGGAAGAGGGGAAACUGGACCUAGAUGCUCCAGUGCAGAAAUACGUCCCUGAAUUUCCAGAAAAGAUCUACGAGGGUGAAAAGGUCACUAUUACUACAAGACUGUUAGUUUCACACCUGAGUGGGAUUCGUCACUAUGAAAAAGAUAUUGCAAAAGUAAAGGAAGAAAAGGAAAAGGCAAACAGAGCAUUGAAACUAACAAAACUCAGUCAGGAUAAAGAACAAAAAGAGAAGGAUGAUAAAGGCAUUGAAAAAACUGAUUCUGUCAAACCAAAGAAAGAACAUGAAGGUGAAGUAAAAAGCCGAAAUUCAAAACCUGGCAAGAGAGACAAGGAAUUUGAACAAGAAGAGUAUUAUUUGAAGGAAAAAUUUGAAAGUGUGAUUGAAUCACUGAAAAUAUUUAAAAAUGAUCCUUUAUUCUUCAAACCAGGUAGUCAGUUUUUGUAUUCAACAUAUGGCUUCACCCUCUUAAGUGCUGUUGUGGAGAGAGUUUCGGGACAAAAAUUUACAGAUUAUAUGCUAAAAAUGUUUCGUGACUUGGAUAUGCUGUCAACUGUGCUAGAUGACAAUGAAGCAAUGAUAUAUAACAGAGCAAGGUGUUACGUUUACAACAAAAAAGGACGUCUGGUAAACGCACCAUAUGUGGACAACUCUUACAAAUGGGCUGGUGGAGGCUUUCUGUCAUCAGUAGGUGACCUUCUGAAAUUUGGAAAUGCCUUGUUGUACAGUUACCAAGCUGGACAAUUUAAAAACAAUAGUGGCAAACUUCUUCCUGGGUACCUCAAACCAGACACAGUCGCAAUGAUGUGGACCCCAGUGCCAAAAACUGAAGUGUCAUGGGACAGGGAUGGUAAAUAUGCAAUGGCUUGGGCUGUAGUAGAGAAGAAGCAACAAUAUGGCUUUUGCAGACAGCAGAGACACUAUGCAUCUCAUACAGGUGGUGCAGUGGGGGCAAGUAGUGUCCUCCUGAUUCUUCCUGAAGAUCUGGACUCCGAAGCCAUAGACACUGCACUAGUGGCACCACCUAGAGGAGUAAUUGUUAGUAUUAUUUGUAAUAUGCAAUCAGUUUCCCUCAACAGCACUGCCUUAAAGAUUGCAAGGGAAUUUGAUAAAGAAAAACGGGCACAAUACGUAGAUUAAAAAAAAAAAAGGAGAUGUGUAACUGAACUCACUGUACUGAAGCAUAGAAAAUGGAGGACAUCAAAUUAGACUCUGAGAUACAUAAGAAUACAUGACGAAAAAGUAUCAACAGUACACUUAAGUGUGGCACCACUAGCAGUACUUAAGCAUAGCUGGAAUUCAUCUCUCAGGGAAGUUCCUAACCCAUAGAAAAGAAAAAUGUAACCGUCAAAUUUGACUUCCUGCAUUACCUGUGUAAAUUAUCACUUUAGUAGCAGGUUUUACUUCAUCAUCUAGUUAAGUACUUGACAAAGAUUAAAAAAGAAUUAGAAAACAAAAGCAUUCAUUUUUUUUGUACUGAGUACAACAAAAAAUUAUCUACCUUAAAUAUUAAGCUUUUGAACAACUUGUACAUCUUGAUUUGGGCACGUAAAGACUGAAUUCAUUAUUUUCAAAGUUCAGGUCUGCCAGAAUUGUUCACCAUUACUUCAAAAUGGUUUUAGUGUUGUCUUUUGUACUUUUACAUACAGCUUUUCUUAUUUGUCCGAAAAGCAAAAAAUAAAGCUACCUCCAGAAUGAAGAAGUACCAGAAGUACCACAACUUUUGUUGGAGUUAUAGAUUGCAAAGAAUUAGGAAAUUAGCCUAGAAUUAUGCGUGUAAAUCAUUUGUUAUUUAGAUGUUCUCACUUCCAUUUUUAUUACACAGAGAACAUGAGAUUACUGUACCAUGGAAAUAAGGGUAUUAUUUCACAGUUGAAUAUGCCCAAAUAGUAUGGUAUGAUGAGCUGUCAGUCCCAUUGUUACUGGAUGAUACACAUGCUAACUUCGGUAGUAGAAAUGGUAGCUAAUAGCUGGAAAUGGCACUGUAUUCUGGAACAUAGAUAUUCCUCCAGAUACAGGAAUAAGGAACUAAAAUCAGUUAAAUUUAAAGCCCAGUCUUGAAGGCAGUAGUUGAAGACCUGGAGAUUUUUAUAUUUUUUCCCCAAACCAUCCUUUUCUCUGUUUUGAAGACCUGCCUCAAGGAGUUACUUUUGUACAAAGCUGAACAAGAAAUUGUGGUAGACUUCCAGAUAAGUACUAUCUAUUUUUUUUUUUUUUGAUAGAGAGGAAAUACAGUAAUAACUGAUUAUAUUAAUUUUAUAUAUUCCAUAAUGGCAUGGAAGAUCUCCAUGAUUGCCAAGGCUCUUUUUUGCUCACUCUACUUCCCUUGUGGUUACAUCAGACAUUAUUUCCAGGUUGAGACAAAACAAAGCAUCCUUCAGAAAAGGUUUGAAUACUUACAUCUCUGCACCAUUUAGCAGCUCUGCUUUGCUGAAUAUAAAGAGCCAGAUGUCCUGAAUAACAGUUGAAAUAAGGUAGUUGGGGAAAGAUGAAGGUAUAACUGCUUUGGCAUUAACUUUGUAGUUGAUGCCUGCUAUGUGAUAAAACACCAUGUUGUCAGCUCUGUUCCCUGUAUGCCUAUGAUUUUUUUUUUUUGGCUAAGAUAGACAAACCAAGAAAUGUAUUAUUUUGAGGUGUCAGUGCUCUACCUGCAUUUUUAAUUGACAAUAGGGCUGUUUUACUACUCUUCAAAAUUUUAAUUGUUCUUGUACCUUAAACCAGUAAAAAGUUACACCCGAACUACUUGUUUUUUCUAGCCCACCAAAAUUUUACUUUUGUAUUUAUGAAUUAUUGGUUGUCUUGGUAUCUCAAGAGUAUCAAAUCAGUAAAAACAGGUUAGGCAAACCUUUCUGAACGAACUUGGCUUUGGUGAUGCAAUGUAUUCACUUACUCCCAUUUGAAUCUUUAAUAUUGUUUGACAAUUCAAUUAAAAUUUGAGAUACUCAUUUUCAGUGGCAGCAUUUUUUUUCCAGUCUCGAGCACCGACUAGCUGCGUAAAUGUGCAGCAGCAGAAGUCAUUGCCCAUUUUACACAGGGAACAAGAGGAAGUAGUUCUGAGUAUCCAUGUUCAAGAAUACCUGAACAUAAGUUGACCAAAUACAAUAUUUUAAAUACAGAAACUGAAAAGUAAUGCUGCUACUUUAGGAUCCAUUGUACUUCAGAAGACUUUUCUAGUACGAUGCAUUUAUUUAGCAAAUAGCAGUUAUUACUUACUGACCAUUGUGACUGGGUUCAGACAAAAAUUGAGCAUGUAGAAGGUAUAUGUCUAUUAUUAUGCUUGUCUACAUAUGACUGAACAGUAAUAAAUGCAAAUAUUUGAAGUAUGUAAGAAAGUGAAUAAUGCUAAGAAGUGUCUUAAGCUACUUUUAACACUAAGAUAUUAACAACAGUCUCUGGUUCCCAUCAUAGAAUAUGUUUAGCCACCAACUUCUUAUAUGCAAAGACCACAUUAUUUUUAUCUCCUGUAACUUAAGGCUUUAAAAGUCUAUUAUAUGUACAGUACUGGAAAUGCUAUGGAGUCUACAUUUCAUCUUCCAACACCUGUAGCAAAAUGGGUCAGUAACUUUCUCUGAUGUGGUACUUAAGUUCUUUUAUGUUGGGGUCAGGGUGGGAAGAGAAAGCAGGUAUGGGUGACUAGAAAUCAGUCUGGAUGUUAGCACAUGUAGUCAGGUCACAAGUGAUUUAAUAUUGCUACCGUCAUCUUUGAUCCAAAACCAGUUAUUUGAUAAACUGGCAAGAAGUGGGGGAAACUGGUAAAUUAAGAGAAACUUAGGUGACUCACAUGCUCUUAAAUUAACUUUUAUUGUGAAAACAGUGUGAUGCUGACAUAAAAGUGUACUUCUUCUAAAGGCAUGUGUACAAAAUUGGUGCAUCUAUUUCUGUAUCAAACACCUACUUUUUGCAUCAGUAAUUAUCAGUGUUCGCUGUGUGAAUUAACUGAAAUAAAACAUGUUGCAAAUGCACUGAA